AUGCGGGGCCGAUGGUGGCUGUUCGCAGUGUGCGCUUUGCUCGCCGCGCUCCUCCUGGCGCGCGGCGCGCACGCCAGCGGCGCGGACUGGGACGCCGAUGAUGAUGAGUUCGCCGCACCGCAGCAAAAGUCCGAUCGGCUCAAGGAUGCGGCCGGCAAGGUCUUCGACGCGGUUGACAAGGAGGCGGAGAAGGCGGCGGCUCGCAUCCGCGCGGAAGAGCGCCGGCACGCCAAGUUCAAGAACUAUCCGCCGAUGUUCGAGUGGCGGUACGAGGGCAUCGGACUCGUCAUCAUCACCCUCUGGUUCGUCAACUUUCUCGUGGGCGACGCCAAGAACAAGAAGCUGGCGCUGGCCUUCGAGGACGCCUUCUGCGCAGAGAACGGCAUCUUCAAAUCCCAGUUUGCGUCCGUCGGCGACAUCCCCAAGAAGGUGGCCCCCAGGAAAGGUUCGGUGCUGUCCAAAGAGGCAUCCGAUGAGUACAAGAUCUGGUGCAGCGGUCGCAGAUUCUGCCAAGGGGCCAUGAUCACGCUGAAGCUCAAGCCCAGGCACGAUCUCUACUCCGCGGCGACCGCGUUUCAGGGCAGAUCGAUCCCCGACUACUGCGUGAUCGAGUGUCUGAUGAACGACGAGUGCGUUCAGCCCGGUUCCGUGUUCGCGUUCGGGCCCAAGGACCUCAUCGAGAACCUCGAGGGCGCGGAGGGCGAGAAGGACCUCAAGAAGCUGUGCCAGACUUUCGUACCCAAGCGGGACCACGGCCAACGGGUGACGCACAAGGACGUGGUGAUCAAGGCGGAGUCCGCGGAGCUCGCGAACGACGUCGUCUUCACCCCCGAGGUGGUGAAGGUCAUCGGCGAGUCCACCUGGGUCGCCAACGGCCUCGCGUCGCUCGUGGCGGUGCACUGCACCGACGAGGCUCCUCCCAAGUUUGGCUCGCCACCGCACCCCAAGACGCUCCGGUUUCAGUUCACGAUGCCCGCGGAGCCCGAGAAGGUGGCGGGCGCAAUGACCGACGUGAUGAACCUGGUCCCCGCGCUCGUGGACGUCGUGGGCAGGGUCCAGCUGACGCCCGGGCAGCGCGAGAAGGCGGCGGCGGCUCGCCAGAAGCGCAAGGAGGACGACUUCAAGGAGGAUCUAAAGGUUAACCAGAAGAAGACGUCGGCGCAGAUCCUCGACGAGAAGCUGGCGAAGAUGACCCCGGCGGAGAAGGAGGCGUGGAAGAAGAAGCAGGAGAAGAAGCAAAUGAGGAAAAGCGCCGGGAAGAUGAUCAAGGUGCGGUAG